AAGAAAAGAUUUGCUCACUUAGUUACCAUGUCGGCUCGGACGCGGUGGGGCUCGUUUUAAACGCGACUUCAUUUCAGCCGUGUCUUUGUAAAAGUUUUGAGGUUGACAGUAAGAAAAAAGGAGCUUGUGUGUUUUUUUUUUUAAUUUUUAAAUUUAGAAGUAAACAAAGCAAAGGUGCAGGUGAAGGCGGAAAAUGGGUAAAAAGCAGGAGACAAAUCCGGACUCCGAGUACGGAGAACCUGCUCAGUUUGACCGGACCUUCAGAGGACCCAUACAGAAAAGAGGGUGCACUGAUAUAAUAUGCUGUAUCCUGUUUAUGGCCGUCAUCCUUGGCUACGUUGCAGUGGGGAUUUUAGCUUGGCUCUACGGUGAUCCGAGGCAUGUUCUCUAUCCAAGAAACUCCACUGGGUGGUUCUGUGGCAUUGGACCAAACAAAGGCAGACCCAGUUUGUUCUACUUUGACAUCCUGAAAUGUGCCACAUCUGUCAAUGUUAUGGCAACUGCCCUCAAUGGUUUCCAGUGUCCAACCACACAGGUGUGUGUGGAAAAGUGUCCUUCUUCCUUCUGGGCCGUGGGGAUACUGUCAUAUCUUCCAACUGUGAAACCAGCAAGUGUUUUCAAUCAGAGCCUCUGUGUGCCAUCUCUCCACCUGGAAAAUACGACUCUGACCGUCAAAGACAUUGUGGACAAGGAGUUGUGUCCUUUCUUCCACAUGCCUACGAUCUCUGUGCUGGGGAGAUGUUUGCCUGAUGUCGCAGCGCUGGGCAAGAUCCCGUCAGAGUUUUCCAACAUUCCAGGUUUACCCUCCUCAGUCAACGACACCGUCGACCUCAUCAAGAACGGCACCGGGGACAUCUUGAACGGCUUCAACGCCAGAGACAUUGGCGUCCGUAUCUUUGAGGAUUUCGCCUCCUCGUGGCCGUGGAUCCUCCUUGGUCUGCUCAUAGCCAUGGUUGUCAGCAUGCUGUUCCUGUUGCUGCUGAGAUUCACUGCUCCCGUCAUGGUGUGGGUGCUCAUCGUAGGAGUCCUUGGUGCCGGAGCCUACGGGAUAUGGCACUGCUACUGGGAGUAUGACAACUACAAGAAAGCCUCUGCCAGCAUCUCUGACAUUGGUUUCACCACCAACUUUAACGUUUACCUGCAAGUCCAGGAAACCUGGCUGGCAUUCUUGAUCAUCAUAUCUGUGGUGGAGGCGAUCCUCCUUCUGACCAUCAUAUUCCUGCGCACCAGAAUCCGCAUCGCCAUCGCCCUCAUCCAGGAGUCCAGCAAGGCAAUCGGUCACAUGAUGUCAGCUCUGCUGUACCCUCUGGUCACCUUCGUCCUCCUGCUGGUGUGUGUUACCUACUGGGGCUCCACUGCCUUAUAUUUGGCGACUUCAGGAAGUCCAAUCUACAGAGUGGUGGCUCUCAACUCAACGAUGAGCGGCUGUAAAAGUAUCAAUGGCACCGAGAACUGUGACCCUCAGAACUUCACCUCGUCAGAUUACCCAGACUGCCCCUCGGCCAGCUGCAUCUUCAUCAAAUACAACGACGAGGGCCUCUUACAAAGGAACCUCUUCAACCUGCAGAUCUACAACGUGGUGGCUUUCCUCUGGUGCGCCAACUUCAUCAUUGCCCUGGGCCAGUGUACGCUGGCCGGGGCCUUUGCCUCCUACUACUGGGCCUUCAGCAAACCAGACGACAUCCCCUUCUUCCCCGUGUGUGGCGGCUUCAUGCGUUCACUCAGGUACCAUGUGGGCUCCUUGGCCUUCGGUGCGUUGAUCCUGACCCUGGUGCAGCUGGUGAGGAUCAUUCUGGAGUAUAUUGACCACAAAACAAGAGCCGCGCAGAAUCCAGUUGCACGAUUCAUUUUGUGCUGCAUGAAGUGCUGCUUCUGGUGCCUGGAGAAGUUCAUCAAGUUCCUCAACAGGAACGCUUACAUCAUGAUUGCCAUUUAUGGGAAAAACUUCUGCGUCUCAGCCAAAAACGCUUUUAUGCUGCUCAUGAGAAAUGUAAUGAGGGUCGUGGUGCUCGAUAAAGUGACAGACCUGCUGUUGUUCUUCGGGAAGCUCCUGGUGGUUGGAGGAGUGGGUGUGUUGUCUUUCUUUUUCUUCUCUGGGCGAAUUCUGCUGCCAGGCAGCACCUUCCGCACAGAGACCCUCAACUACUACUGGAUGCCAAUUAUUACUGUGGUGUUUGGAAGCUACCUCAUCGCUCACGGCUUCUUCAGUGUGUACAACAUGGGUGUCGACACGCUCUUCCUCUGCUUCCUGGAGGACUUGGAGCGUAACGAUGGAUCUGAACAGAAGCCGUACUACAUGUCCAAAAACCUCAUGAAAAUCCUCAACAAAUCCAACAAGGCACCAAAACAAGCGAAAAGGAAGGAAUGAGGCUCCUUUGUCCUCGUCACCGGAUGAAACCACAUCAACACCGUGUCACAGUUUUUUUCAGGAUAGUUUUGCUCUUUGUAACGUCAGUUACUGAUUUGCUGAUUUUGCACUUUUUAAUACAUUUUUUUUAUUGUACAUGUUUUAUUGAUGAGUGUAUGUACGGAUUGAGCAUGUGAAAGCAGGGAAUGUAUCAUUUUAUGUUGUAAACCUAUCUUACAUUAUAUGUUUCUAAAAAAAUUCUCGAUUUGGUUCAUUGUUUAUUUGUUUCUGUUCAUAAGACAUAAGAGGCCUUAUUGUCAUUGUAAGUGAACAAGGAAAUUUAGAAGAGAAAAAAAAAUAUAUAUGCAUAAAAUAAGAAUACUUCAAUACUUUAAAAUACAUAUAUACAGCUAUAUAUAUAUACAGCUGCUGUUCACAGCUGUAGAUUGAUUGAUUGAUUCAUGGUGCAUCACUUGCUCCAGUUAAACAGCCGAAGAUAGAGAGGAUCAUUCUGAAGUGCAUUAAUCUCAUAAGAGGUGAGGCUGAUGUACAUAUUUCUGUAACCUGUGCAUUAAUGUCAAAAUGAAGUUUUAAUCGUGGGAUCUGAUAAAAGUACAGUUUAGUCAAUGCAGACUUUAGUCUUAAAUGUGUCAGAUAUAAAUGGCAGGACACAGUUCAUCGAUUAUGACAAGGGCAUUCGAAACCACACAUUCUUUUUUUGUGGCUUAUGACUGAAUCCAUCCACAGUUGUAACAUUUGUAGAUUGAUUUACUCUUUUUAUAUGACUCCUUGUGAUAUGUUCAGAUGGAAGAAAUAACAUUUUGCAACGAUGGCAAAAUGUUUUCCAUACAUGUCAUUUAUUUGUACUUAUUUGCAAAAAAGUUUUAUGAAUAAUAAUAUUUUUAUGAACCUGUUCUAUUGCUCAUAUUUAAAAUAUUGAAAUAAAAUUUUAAAUAUGACUGAA